CUGAUUCAGACUUUCGGGAACAACGUGACGGACGUUGUUUUGUUAUAUUGUGUUAGGUACUUGACUCAGUCUGUGUACUUACGUCAACAUAUUAGGUUGGGAGUGGGCAUUUAUAACAUCUGUCAGCUAUUUUAUCUAGCCGUUUAAAUCAAACAUUAGUAAAGAAUAAUUAAGAUACAGUUUACUGGAAAAGAAUUUCCCUCUGCAGUUUACUCAUAACAAGAGCAUAUAAUAGGUUAUGAAAUGUGUGCAAAAAUGGCAUUUCAACACCAGGCGGGGACAGCCAUGGAAUGUCUCAGUAUACCAAUCACCCUGCAAAAAGAAACCGGGGUUGACCAUGAAGGAAGAGAGGUUUUGAAGUGUGGUUUCAAGAUUGGCGGAGGCAUAGAUCAAGAUUUUAGAAAAAGUCCUCAAGGUUAUACUGACAAUGGAAUUUAUGUAACAGAAGUUCAUGAAGGUAGUCCUGCAUCAAAGUCUGGUCUUCGUAUGCACGACAAAAUACUGCAGUGUAAUGGAUAUGACUUCACGAUGGUGACACAUAAAAAGGCUGUGGACUAUAUCAAGAAACACCCGAUACUGAAUCUUCUAGUUGCGAGGAAAGGCGUCACUUCAACAUAAAGUUCCUUUACUCCAUUUCUUCCACCUUUUAUAUGUACCUGCUUCAUUUUGUAUAGGCAAUCCAUACCAUUGUAAUUUAUCCGAUAAGUAGUCUCUUCUGUACAGGUUAGUCAUUAGUUUUCUGGUGAUAUUGAUCUAUGUACGUCAAUCAAGAUUUAUUGUAGUAAAUAUUCAUUACCAUGAAUGUCAAGGGGCCCACUUAUUAAAAUAACACAAGUAGACUGUAUUAUAUUAUCUAUUAUUCUUUUUUUUCUUAUGAGGUUGUCUAGUUUCAUCUUGUAUCCAUAUUUUUUCCAAGUUUUUAUGCUUUCAUAUAUAACAUUAAAAAGUUAUAACUAAUGUUUAUGAGAUGUAGAACCAAAGACUCACCAUGAUAUUCAGAUGAUUGUAAUCUAUUGUUUUCAUUAUUAAGAAAUGCCUAUUUAUCCAGGGUUCUAUAUACUAGUAGGUAUAUCUAUUUUAUUUCUUGUAUUUUUCUAUAUUGCAAAAUAAUUCAAAGAUAUUUAAAGAUAAUUUUUUAUGUAAAAUAGCAAAAUAUAGAUUUUAUGGUGAUGAUAGAGCUUCCAGUAUUCUGAAGUUCUGUCUUUUUUCAAUACAGUAUACAAGUACUAUUUAUCUUUAAUAUGUCAGCAGGUGUGCUUGUUACAGUUAUUUCAAUAUUUUUCUUGUAGCUGAUGAGAAUAUUGAUGUAAACAUCCCAUUGGUAAAAAUGUAUAAAUGUAAUUCACAGUACUUGUACAUUUUGUGAUGCAUUUAUUACUCUAUUAAGACAUUCAAUUUUUUUAUUGGAAUCUUUAUAUAGAAAUAUAUAGCUAUUACAAAAUAUUGGUAGUUUAAAGCCAUUAGUAUUCUAAAAAUUUAACAAGAUAUUGAGAAAAAUCUCCAAAGAUUUUUCAGCACACUACAAAUAUUGUGUUUUUAAAUUUUAAUAUGACCAAAAAAAUAAAAUUGUAGUAAUAUUAUGUUGGUGUUUAAUAUUAGUAAUUUUAUAUAAACUCUAAUGUGUGUUAUUUUAUGUAUUGUAAAAAAUUUUAUUUUGGAAAAGAGGAGAUAAUGUAAUUCUGAAUUUUGAUACUUUUACAAAUAUAAAGACGUUAUGUUUUAUUGUUGAAGAUUAUAAGUCAUAAAGAAGGUAUGGAAUAUGUCAAUCGAAGGUAAUAAUGUUUAACAUUUAAACAACUUGACAUUACGGAAGUGAAAUUUAUUAUAAUUUUAAAAUGUGCCAUAUUUCUUGUGUAAACAUUGCUUUAAAUAUUUAUAAAUAGUUACUGUUUCUGUGUUCCAAGUUACUUUUACUAAAAAUACAAACCAAUUUCAGUAAUUGUAUAUAAUUUUAGAAAUGUAUUGAAUAAAUAACAAAGUUUAUUUAGUUCUUUUAUGAAAGUUACUAUGAAAUCACUAUGAAGUACAAAUUAGUGAAUUUUAUUAUCAGGAAAAAUAAAAUAAAUAAAAAUGAACGCCAAAUUUAUAACUUCAUAAGUAGAUAUUUGUAGGUUGACCAUACAAUAUAAUGUUGUCUUAUUUUUACUUAUUGUAUACACAAUAUUCCACUAUACUCUUAAUAAAAUCACAAUAUAUGAUAUUAAUAUGAUUACUUUAGAUUGGGAAAGUAAAUGUGUGUUUAGUCUGUAAAGGAACAAACGGUUUUUUAGUCAGAAGUAUUACUUUACUGGUUCAAACUAUUUAUUGUAUUGUACUUAAAUUCUGUUAUUCUAUGUUAUACAAUUACAGAUAAAUUUUAUGUUUAAA